ACACACACUCCUCAGUGGGAUGGACUCGUAGGGGCACAACAUGCCUCAUCACUUCACUUGCUCCACAAAUCCUGCUGGUGGAAGCAUGUUCUUCCAGGUAGGCCUACUACAAGUUGCCACCGCUUUGCCAUCGUUCAACACACUUUAUUCAAUGAGGAAUCUGGGAUCCCUCGACUGGAUGGGCGUAGUCUACGUGCUUUGUCACCGAGGCGGAAAAAGUUGCGGGACCAGGUCAUACUACACCAGCAGUGCAGCGCUUUAAAUAUGACCUGCUGGUGCUGCUGCUGCUUCUCGAAGAGGAGUAGGGCUGCUGCAGACUCGCUCUGAAGGACCGGAGACCCCCACCCAGAGAAGAGGAGACCCCCACCCAGAAAGGACCGGAGACCCCGGUCCAGAGAGGAGAAUCCCCAUCCAGAGGAGAGGAGACUGGGAGCUCACAGCCACCAGCGGAUCACUUUCUCCCACGAUCCAAACUUUUGUUUUCCUGUGGUUAUUUGAUCACAACCAGGCGAUGUGAUUGUUAUAACUGUUCGUUUUAAAACUAUUUUUAAUAAAUAGGCUAGGGCGAUGUAGUUUGGCUCAACUUUAAGUGACAUUUCGAGCUACUUGUUAUCACCAUGGCAACGACCCUGAAGCCUCUGAACCGCGCCGUCGGCCUGCUGGGACUUCUGUGGGGCUGCCUGAGCGCCCUGCACGGCGCCCACUGCGGCUUCAGCGACAACCACGUGCACUCCAGCUUUAUUUAUAGGCGCCUGCGGAACCACGAGCGCAGGGAGAUCCAGAGAGAGAUCCUCUCCAUCCUCGGUCUCCCGCACCGCCCCAGGCCCUUCUCGCCCGGGAAGCAGGCGUCCUCGGCGCCCCUGUUCAUGCUCGACCUGUACAACGCCAUGUCCAUCGAGGAGGAGGAGGGAAUACAGCAGCCGCAGAGCGCGGGGAAAGGCUACGGCGGGAAGCACUACGGAGCCCCCACGCGUAAUAAGGCGCUCCACGCGUCGCCGUCCGCCCAGGGCUACUCCCGGAUGGCGCACUACCGCGCGGCACCCCUCACCAGCCAGAGCCCACCGCUGCCCCCCGCCGCCGCGGCCCAAGACACCAGCUUCCUCAACGAUGCUGACAUGGUCAUGAGUUUUGUUAACUUAGUGGAGAAAGAUAAAGACUUUUCCCACCAGCGGCGACACUACAAGGAGUUCCGCUUCGACCUCACCCAGAUCCCGGACGGGGAGGCGGUCACCGCCGCGGAGUUUCGUAUUCACAAAGACCGGGGCUAUGCCCGCUACGAAAACGUCACUCUCAAGGUCACCGUCUAUCAGGUCGUCAAGGAGUUCCCCAACAAAGACGCAGAGAUGUUUCUGCUGGACUCCAAGAAGGUGCGGGCGUCUGAUGGGGGGUGGCUGGUGUUUGACAUCACAGCCACCAGUAACCACUGGGUGGUCAACCCCCAGCAGAACAUGGGCCUGCAGCUCUGUGUGGAGACGCUCGACGGCAGGAGCAUCAACAUGAAGUCGGCGGGGCUGGUGGGUCGCGGCGGGCCCCAGUCCAAGCAGCCCUUCCUGGUGGCCUUCUUCAAGGUCAGCGAGGUGCUGCUGCGCUCCAUCCGGGCGGCCGGGGGGAAGAAGAAGAACGGCAACCGCAACAAGUCCGCCGGGCAGCAGGAGACGUCGCGGGCCCCCGGCGCCGGAGACCUCAACAUGAGUGAACAAAAGCAAGCCUGCAAGAAGCAUGAACUCUACGUCAGCUUUCGAGACCUGGGCUGGCAGGACUGGAUCAUUGCACCGGAGGGCUACGCAGCUUUUUACUGCGACGGAGAAUGCUCCUUUCCUCUCAAUGCGCACAUGAAUGCGACCAAUCAUGCCAUUGUGCAAACCCUGGUUCAUUUAAUGUUUCCUGAUAACGUGCCAAAGCCAUGCUGUGCCCCCACCAAGUUGAACGCUAUAUCAGUGCUCUACUUCGACGACAGCUCCAACGUUAUCCUUAAGAAAUAUAGAAAUAUGGUAGUGAGGUCUUGUGGCUGCCAUUAAGCGUGAAGAGUCACUGUUUAUUUAUGAUAGGUGGUAUAACCCAAAAAUAAAUAUAUGUUCCACAGAUGUGAUCCAAUGUACAGUAUUAUGUAUAUAUGUUUUGAUAUCUAAUUUAUUUUCCACUCUUUUGAAAGACAACAACACUGAACGUCAUAACAUUCAUUCAAAAUGGCACUUGACUGUUUCCCUUUCUGUCCAUUGGCAUAUAAUCUCUAUUAGUCACAGCUAUAUAUAUUAGAACCUUGAUUUUAUAUAUAUAUAUCUCCAUUGGAUAUUUACGCAUCCACUGGAUUAUAAGAAUAUUACAUAAUAAGAUGUGCUUGGUUCAAUGCAGACUGGAAUGCAUUGAACCUCAAAGCACCUAAACAGAUAGAUUCUGAUGAAACAUAUAAACGUAUACAUUUUGCGAGGUGUGUUUCCUGUUGUGUUCUUUUGAAUAGAGCUGUCCACCCUCAAAGCACUUACAAUCAAACAUUUCAUGUUGUUAAAUAACUGCCUUAUUACUGCAAAGCAACGAAACUGAGUAUUCUUUGUUCCUUCACAUCAAUAUAAAGAUCUUCAACAACUUUUUUGGCACUACAAUUAUAUUCUCACCAAACAAACAAUUGUAGUAGUUGUGUUUUGUAUCUCCAUGUUACAAUAUCAUCAUGAUUUUUGUGUGUUUUUAUAAAUGGCUAUGUAUUUUAAUAAAGAUGCCUUUUU